UGUGAGCAGGACUGGGAAUACUAUGACGGUAGCUGUUAUUUCCAUGAAGGGAACAUUAAGACAUUUAGUGCAGCCCAGGCCAACUGUGAAUUGAAACAAGCCAAUCUUGUAACUGUCAAUAAUAUAAAUGAGCACAAGUUUCUUAGCGUUCUUAUGGGACGCUAUGGGGCUUGGAAUGGCCUCAACAGUCUAAACGACACAGAAGUAUUUGAGUGGAUCAGUGGAGAAAAGGGCAAUUUUACCAACUGGCUGCCAGGUCAACCGAACAAAAGAUACCACUGUAUUCAUAUGCUCCAAAAAGGAGAGCACAAGUGGCGCACGAAGGCAUGUUCAUCCACACUCAGGUCGAUUUGCGAAAAA